GGAAAAAAGAAAGGGAAAGCAAAAAAAAAAAGAAAAACCAUAAAAACAAAAAAGAGGAGCCAUCAUCCUCCCUGAUCAGAUCUACACAUUUCUCCUCGCACCAGUUUUUUUUCUCCCUUUAGCAGGAUCUGGUGGAUAUCGAGAAUUCGAAAUGGAUUUCAUGAAGGUCUUCGAUCAAACGGUUCGAGAGAUAAAGAGGGAGGUGAAUCUGAAAGUUCUCAAGGUUCCGGAGAUGGAGCAAAAGGUAUUGGAUGCUACAGAUAAUGAGCCUUGGGGUCCGCAUGGUACUGCAUUGGCUGAGAUUGCACAAGCCACUAAGAAAUUCUCGGAGUGCCAGAUGGUUAUGAGUGUUUUGUGGAGUAGACUGGGUGAGACUGGCAAGGAUUGGCGAUACGUCUACAAGGCACUGGCGGUUAUUGAUUAUCUGAUUUCAAACGGAUCUGAACGGGCAGUUGAUGAGAUUAUUGAACAUACUUACCAAAUAUCUUCACUCACGAGUUUUGAGUAUGUUGAACCGAAUGGAAAAGAUGUGGGAAUCAAUGUGAGGAAGAAGGCGGAAAACAUCGUUGCUCUCUUGAAUAACAAGGAGAAAAUCUCUGAGAUCAGAGACAAAGCUACAGCUAAUCGUAACAAGUACGUUGGCCUCUCAUCAACUGGAAUAAGCUAUAAGUCUGGUUCGGCUUCAGCUUCCUCUGGUGGUAGUUUUCGUAGUGGUUCAAGCAAUUAUGACAGCUACAGAGAUAGGGAUUCCAGGGAAGACAAGGACGACUACGAGUCUUUUCAGAAGUCAAGGCGCGGUGUUAAAAGUGAUGAGCAAAGCUACACUUCGAAGAAAAGUUUCUCACGCUAUGGCAGUACGGACCAUGAAACACCAUCCAGUGGGAAGAAGUCACCCGACUCUGGCAAACAUAGUGCCAUACCUUCAAACAACGAUGAUGAUUUUGAUGAUUUUGAUCCACGUGGAACUUCCAGCAAUAAGCCUUCCACGGGCAGUACCAACCAAGUGGACCUAUUUGGAGCAGAUCUGAUUGGUGACUUUAUGGAUUCUGGACCAACUGAAACAUCUUCCACCAACAACAACGGAAAGUUUCAAGAGGCGGACUUGUUUGCUGAUGCAGCUUUUGUUUCAGCCUCUGCUCAGGGACCAGAAUUUGGGUCUCAGACACAGAAAGAAGUUGAUCUUUUCGCUGCGUCUGAACCUUCUGUCACAAUUACUUCACCUCCUGCGACGGUUGACCUUUUUGCAUCCACUGAACCAGUUGCAUCCCCAGAAGCCAAGAUUCCUAAACCUGAGUCUAUGACCACUCCAAGCAUUGUUGACCCAUUUGCUGCAGUUCCUAUGGACAAUUUUGAUGGAUCUGAUCCUUUUGGUGCCUUCACUUCUAACUCGGCUACGGUCUCUACAGGUCCACAGGCCCCAGUUCAUGGGAGUGCAACAAACACAACAACCCCACUGUCUUCCGCAGGCUCGAAGCCACAACAGUCUCAAAAGAAGGAUCCUUUCCAGGUGAAAUCUGGAAUAUGGGCAGAUUCGCUGAGCCGUGGACUAAUUGAUCUCAAUAUAACUGCUCCCAAAAAAGCUUCUCUUGCUGAUGUGGGAGUUGUGGGUGGACUGAGCAAUGAUGAAGGGAACAAGGCAACGGCUGCUGCCUACUACUCAGGGUGGUCCAUGGGCGCAGGAUCCGGGCUUGGUAAAACCGGACUAUACAAUGCACAGCAGCAGCAGCAGCAACAACAACAAGCACCUGAAAUCUCAGAUGAUUUCUUCUCCAGCCUUAGUAACCAAAGAUACCAAACUGGAGGCUUUAAGCAGUGAAAUUUCCUUGAGGGUUAUCAGGUUCGGUUCUACAUUCAUACUGAAAAUCAAUGUUUUUUAUUCUUAAUUGGAGUUUGUUGUUCUUGCUCUUGAUUGAUGUGACAAUCUUAUCGGUGGCUUGCGUUUCAAAUGAGAGAAUUGUUUUUGGGAAAGAGAGUAUUAUUUGUUGGUUUUGAAUUUUCUAUCCGUUCAUAGAACAACAAAUUAUAUGUAUGUCACUCGACUCUAUGGAGAAUAUAUCUAUCGUGUGUGAUCCUUAAUCAGAAUAGACUCUCAGCUUUCUUCGUAGCUUUGUUUCAUUAUUCUACUUUGCCUUUAUCUACUAAUAAAAACUAAAAAGUGAC